GAUAUGACAUUCGUUGCGUUUUGAUUGGUUCAAAAGUUUCUGUCAAAAAUUUCCUUUUUCUGUCAACAAUAUUUUUCGGUAAAGGCAAAAGUAGAAUUUUUACUUGAAAAAAAUCAAAAAGUCCAUCAAGAGGGAUACAUAAAGCAUUUAUGUGGUAGCAGACUCCACAAUGAAAAUAAGGAUAAGUUGCCUAUUUCUGUGUCUUCUAGUUUCUACUGCACACUCUAAUGAAGAUGUAGAUGACGAAGCAUAUGUGGAAACGGUCGAACAGCCAGUCAUCGAUGUUCAAUAUCAAAGUCCCACGAUUGCCGACACAAGAAAAGUCUACCUAGCCGAACAUUUUGAUGAUCCUGUUCAAGUUCAAAAGCGCUGGAUCAAAUCACAGGCCAAAAAGGAGGGCAUCGAGGAAGACAUCGCCAAAUACGACGGCGAGUGGGAGGUGGAGCAGGCGGGGCGGGACGCUUUGCGGGGAGACAGCGGGCUGGUGUUGAAGUCUAAGGCGAAACAUGCCGCCAUCGCCGCCGCCUUGGACAGGCCGUUCGUGUUCAAGGACAAGCCGUUGGUGGUGCAGUACGAGGUGCUGUUGCAGGACGGCCAAGAAUGCGGUGGCGCGUACCUGAAAUUGCUGAGCGACUCGCCCCCUGCGUCCCGCAACCUCGCCCUCUUCCACGACAAAACGCCCUACACGAUCAUGUUCGGGCCGGACAAGUGCGGCAACGAUCACAAGUUGCACUUCAUCUUCCGCCAUAGGAAUCCGGUGAACGGCACUGUCGAAGAGAAGCACUGCCAGAAGCCGAAGGAGCGCCUCGAAGAGUACUUCUCGGACAAGUUGCCGCAUCUGUACACGCUGAUCUUGCGGCCGGAUAAUACGUUCGAGGUGAUGGUGGAUAGAAAAACGGUGAAUUCGGGUAGUUUGUUGGAGGAUUUCGUGCCGCCCGUGAAUCCGCCAAAGGAAAUUGAUGAUGCGGAAGAUAAGAAACCUGAAGAUUGGGAUGAACGGGAGAAGAUCCCGGACCCGGCGGCUUCCAAACCAUCGGAUUGGGACGAAGAUGCGCCGCCCCAAAUAGUGGACGAGAGCGCCGUGAAGCCGGACGGAUGGCUGGACGACGAACCCACCCAUCUGCCCGAUGCGGAUGCUGUCAAACCGGCCGACUGGGACUCAGAGAUGGACGGCGAAUGGGAGCCUCCUCUGGUGGAGAACCCCCUCUGCGCCGACGCUGUCGGUUGCGGGCCGUGGGAGCCGCCCCUCAUCAACAAUCCCGCCUUCAAGGGCAAGUGGCGCCCUCCGAUGAUCGACAAUCCCAACUACAAGGGCAAAUGGCGGCCGAGGAAGAUCCCGAAUCCGGAUUAUUUCGAGGACAAGGCACCGUUCAAGAUGGCCACUGUGAGUGCUGUUGGUUUCGAGUUGUGGUCCAUGUCCCAGGAUAUUCUCUUUGACAAUAUCAUCAUCACCGAAGAAAUCGCCAUUGCCGAAAUGUGGGCAGCCGAUACGUUCGAUAAGAAACGGCAAAAGAUUGCCAAAGAUUCGGAGAGCGUCGUACAGAGAUUAGCAAACUUGACCAAUGACUAUCCAGCCCUGUGGGGGGUGUACAUACUUGUCCUUGCUAUACCCGUAGUGUUUCUGUUAUACCUUUGCUGCAAGCCCAGUUCCUCUGCUAGUCAAAUACAGGAGAAGGAGGAACUGCAAGAGGCGGCCGAAAAGAAAAAGACUGAUGAAAUGACUGAAGACGUGGAUGAAGAAACCAACGAAGAAAUCGAAGCAGAAGUAGAAACUGAAGCGAACGACGAAGAUCAAGAAAAGAAUUCAGAACCGGAUUCUGAGGAAGAUAAUGAGAAUGUAGAGCUUGGCAUGCCGAUGCUCUGCUUACUGAGCCAACCAGUUGCUUACGAGACGAAGUAUGAUGAAGUCAUUCAGUCGGCGCCGCAUAACGCCAGUCGCAUCUACUGCCCACUAUAA